AUGGACGUACGAGCAACUGAUUACGAUGAUCCAACCACUGACAAUGCCCGUCUCGCGUACAGUAUCGUGUUGAAUAAGGAGAUCGACGGUUUACCAGUGUUUCGGAUCGAUCCCAACUCCGGAAAGAUUUUCGCCAUGCGGGCUCUGGAUCGUGAACUGCCAUCAGAACGUGAGUUCGUCAUCGAAGUUCGUGCAACCGACCAUGGUACACCGCCCAGAGAAGGUGCCGCGAAUGUUACAAUAAAGGUAUUGGACAAAAAUGACAAUGCUCCUAUGUUUGAACGACCGCAGUACGACGCGAGAGUUAUGGAGACGGCACCAGUCGGUUCGGCGGUGAUAAGUGUUUCCGCUACGGAUCCAGACGAUGAGGCCAUUGACAACCUCUUCACCUACACAUUGGCCGAUGACUCGAAAUACUUCUACAUGACGACCGAUCGCGACUCGAGUGAUUCCUAUGUGGGAGUACUACGUGUGAAAAGGGUGAGUUCGUUCUUUGACUGCCAUUAUUUAUUUGCUGGUUCUCACAUAUUGUAA